AUGUCAACAGCCGAUGAUAUCAAUAAAGAGCAUAAUGAAGCAGUAACUAAUGAAACAAAACCAAAGACAGAAGAUCCAAUUCAAAAACUCUUCGAUUCGGCUCCUCUUCCAUUUAACUAUGUUAAAAUUCCAAAAGAAGACGAGCCUGCAGUAGAACGUGAAAAAAGAUUGAGUGUUCACGUCAAUAAAGUUAUUACAGAGCUAUCAAAAGAUGCAUUUAUUCAUAGUGGCUUUGAUUUAACAGAAGAUAAGAUUAGGUUCAAUGCAGCAUGGGGUAGACAAUAUCCUGUUAUUCAAUAUUCUAGUUUUGCAGCAUGGCAGAAAAUCAAUCAUUAUUGUGGAGCUACUCUAAUGGGUAGAAAAGACAGACUUACAUCUAGAAUGCAAGAACUUAAGGAAAGAGUUGGAGAAUUUGCUGAUUUUUAUCCUGAAUCUUACUUAAUUCCUUCUCAAGCCAAAGAAUUACAUGAAGUAUGGACAAAAUACCCACUUUGGAUUGUUAAACCUGUUUCCAUGUCUCGUGGACGUGGAAUCUAUCUUCUUUCUUCCCAAAAAUCAGAACCUCCAGUCGAAGAAGCUGUUGUUCAAAGAUAUCUUGAGCAUCCUUUCAUAAUUACAGGUAGAAAGUUUGAUUUGAGAUUCUACGUAUUAGUAACAUCAUCUUCACCAUUAAGGAUCUACAUGCAUGAUAGUGGACUCACAAGAUUCGCUACUCAUAAAUACGAUCCAAAUGCUCCACCAGAAGAUGCUCAUGUUCAUCUUACAAACUUCGCUCUUAAUAAAGAUGAUGAAAGUUUCACUCGCGCUCAAGGAAAUGAUGAAAAAGUUGAAGAUUCGAAAUGGUCGAUUCCAUUUUUCAUUAAUUUCCUUAAAGACAACGGAUACAAUGUUGAUGAGAUCUUCAAAGAUAUUGAGAGAGUUACAAUCUCAACAAUUAUCGCUGGUUUCUGCUCAAUCAGAAAUCAUCAAAAUAAUUAUGUUAAACAUCGUCAAAAUACCUUUGAGUUAUAUGGUAUUGAUGUUAUCCUUGACGAAAACAUGAAGUCUCACGUCUUAGAAAUUAAUAUUUCUCCAGGUAUGAGUGGAACAGAUUCAGUUCUUGAUCAUACCAUCAAAAACCGGCUGAUGCAUGAUACUUUAAGAAUGGCACGCAUCAUUGAUUGUGAUGCAAGCCUCAAGGAUCCAUGCCCUGGAAUCUCCUGCAUUGAAUACGAAUGCAACGCAUCAUUAUCGAAGGAAAGAAUCCGAAAAGUCGAAGGCAGAAGUGUGAAACCAUGUGAUGAUCCUGUUUUCCAUGAUUUAAUGACUGUCAGAGACUUUAUUGACGAAAAGCACAUAGAAAGUGGAUUCAGAAGAGUCUUCCCUAAGAGAAAGACUGUUGACACUUUCAUCCCUUGCUUUGACAGAAUGAAAUAUGAUGACCUUGUUUUCAUUGAUUUCAUCAAAAUGUCGAAAGAAGAAAGACUCAAAGUCGUCCAAAAGAAUUUUGAAAAGUAUCAACAAAAAAUGAGAGAAGUCGUAGAAGAAUCACGCUCAAAACUCUCAACUGAUAAAGCCCCUCCACCACCAGAUCAUCUCUAA